CCUAUCACGAUAUAUGUCGACAAUCAAGCAAUGCUGAAAUCCGGUGACUUAUUCUCUACUAAAUCUGGCCACUAUAUAAUCGACCAUUUCCGCAGAUUAAUCAAAAUAUUGAAGAAAAACAGUAAAGACUGCAACUUCCAAGUCAAAGUUCACUGGAUAUCGGGACAUGACGGAGUGGAGGGCAACGAGAAAGCAGAUCAGGAAGCGAAGGAAGCAGCGGAGGGAAGUGAGGCGAACAGCGCGACAAGACGUUUACCCCCAUACCUGAAGAAGGGCGUUCUACCAAGCAGCACAUCCGCGUUAAAGCAAGCACAACGAAAGGAAUCAGCUGACAGAUGGAACAGACUCUGGACGAAAUCACCACGUCACGCUCACACCAUCAGCAUAGAUCCGCAACUCGUAGCAGCGAGCAAGUCCUUCAUCUCCCUCGUCAAAAACUUGCCGAAACGCCAUAUUAGUUUGCUCAUAGGACUACGCACACGCCACAUAGCCCUCAAUCAACAUCUACACCGACUCGGAAAGAGCCAAAGUCCCAACUGCCCUCAUUGCAACGGUUCACCCGAGACGAUACCACACUUCCUCCUCUCUUGUCCG